AUGGCUAAAGAAGUUAUGAGAGUCUAUUUAGCAGACUCCCGAGAUAUAGCUCCUUCAGCCAACAUAUAUAUGUAUCCAGAUGUUGAACUUUUGCCUUCUUCCAAAACCACCGGCGUCGUUUACUUCGCCGUUAAUGGAGUUUCCAAACAAGACUGGUACUCCGUCGAGCAAUUGGCCGAAACAUACUCUUCCGUCAUUCCUUGCUUCGGUUUCCAUCCUUUGUUUGUUAAAGAACGGAGUCCCAAUUGGUUUGAAACGUUGAGAGAGUAUUUUGAUUCCACACCCUCCGCUGCGGUUGGAGAGAUUGGUGUGGACAAAGGAUCACACGGAAAGAAGAUUGAUUUUUCUGAGCAGAUUGAAGUAUUGAGGCAGCAGCUUGAACUUGCAAAAGAGUUAAACAAACCAGCAUCUGUUCAUUGUGUUUGUGCUUUUGGUGAUCUUCUUGAGCUAAUGAAGUCUAUGGGGCCUUUUCCUGCUGGUGUCAUUCUUCAUUCUUACCUAGGUUCUGCAGAGAUGGUUCCUGAAUUUUCCAAGCUUGGUGCUUAUUUUUCCUUCUCUGGGUUUCUUAUGUCACAAAAAGCAAAUAAAGCAAAGAAAAUGCUGAAGAUGAUGAUUUUCAUCACUCCUGAUAUAUAUGCACCUGAUGCACUACCAAUGUCAAACAUAGAUUCUCUUCAUUUUGUUGAAGGAGAUACUUCUCUCACUGAAGAGCUUCUUGCCCAAACAACAACUUCAUCAACUUCUGGUUCUUCCCUCGGUAAUGCAUCCCAUGUCUUGGCAGAUGCUUCGAUGUUGCCAAAGGAAACACUCAAUCAUCCCGCAAACAUUCAUAAUGUGCUUGAUUAUGUUGCAUCUGUGCUAGAAAUUACGAAAGAAGAACUUGCUGACUUAAGUUACCAGAAUGCAGUCCGGUUAUUAUCCUAUAAAGGUUCGAAAGUACUUCAAAAGUAGACAAUAUCAUCAUAGGUUCUUGUAAGAUACUUUUCCUGGCUUGGCAAAGUUUACUUUGGGAAGUUCCAACUAGAAUUUCAUCAAGUACGAGCAGAUAGAUUACAGGAACAGUUUGCUAACGUGUAUGAUAUGCAUGAUAGUUAGAUGCCUGCCAAAGUUUAUUACAUCCAAUAUUAAUUUCUAAAAUUAAAUGUGCCAAGGUAUGUGAGUAAUUUUUCUAUUUCUAAACAUGAAAGCUUUUAAACUAUAUAUGACUAGAGCAGCCAGAUGUUAAGUAUUGUACAUAAUUAUCAAAUAUCUUUCUCUUCUAAA